ACAACUGACAUACGCAAGUAAGUCAGUAUUCUAUAUGGUUUUUAGGUUUUGGAUGUUUUUAAGAUCCUCUUAUAGAGUUGACCAUGCUUCUUAAUCUCAUGUUCAAAGGUGAGAUGAACGAAAUAGUAUUACCGAUAUCUUUCGAUAGAAUGUUCAGAAACGUUAAUCAGCUUUUGAAUUUCUCUAUGACGAUAAACAAGAUUUAGACGACAGCACGAACGCAUGUUUACGUGUUCAAGAGUUGUGCAACUUUAUCAAAUACAUACGAUUAUAGAUUGAAUACUAAAGAUUUCGUAAACUACUUGAGAACUUGGUUUUAUGCUUCGAUCAAAUGAAGACCUCAUAACACCAUUGAAGACUUUCUAGUAAAAAAAUCAUUUUAGAAAAAUAGUCAUACUUGCUACUAUUGGAAUAUUUGCUCGGUCGAACCAAUAUGAACCAAAACAUACGUAAUCAGGAAGACCAUCCUGAAGUGAAAUCCUGAAGUAUCACUUUAAAGCAUUCAUGAAGGUUUUCACGACAAGCCAGGAAAAGCGAAGAAACACAGAUAUUGGUGUGAAAACUAAAAACUCUAGUGGUACCAAAAAUAGACGGCGGAACACCAGCGUAGAAACAACAAAAUAAUUGAUAGAAAAUACACAAUGUCACAGUCUGGGUGAGCAGUAGAGCCAUAAACAUUUAACGUGUCUAAAAUUAAGGUUCCAAUUCCCGUGAAAGUCUGAUAUCAGAAGCAUAUUCAAUCGCUCCAACAAAUAUUGACACAUGGUGUUAUGAUAUUUGUGUAACUCCUAGGGAUAACAAUAAGUUAACACAACUCUACAUAAGUGAUAUCCCGGAGUCUCUCUUAGCGAUGUUGGAAUAACUUUAGGAAGCGGAAAUUAGAGUAACGCAGCAAAGUUAUGACAACGAUGGAUAUAAAAUCAUUGAGUCCGUGAUAUUACAACAACCAAGUCUAGCUGAUCAGCCAUGAUGUCUACACGCUACCAGUUAUUUAUUAUACAUUUUACGGGGCAGUGCCAUGAUCUUGGACUGUUAGAUUCUGUCGUAACGACCUUCUUGUGAAACGGGGACUUACUAUAUCAAACAUUUAUUGUCGUUUGAUGUGCAAUAAAUAAAAAAAAUCGACUAAAAUACAUUCAGGAAAUUGUUAACAACACGCAAUUGCAAAAUAAACUGCCCAUGUAAAAUGGAUAUUAAUUCUAUAAAUCAGUGAUUAUACCAGAUCAUAUAAAUUCACUCUGGGAAGUUAAAACGAUAAAUAGUUAGAACUGACACAAUUCUAAAGUAACGAAACAGCGGAACAGAAUAUAGCAAACAACUAAUAUGACGACCCGCACAAAUACGAGGAUAACGCUCAGCUGCAAGCCAGCGAAGGUGGGGUAUUCCGAAAUAAAUAAAACGGUAGAAUCGAAAAAUAGAGUGGAAAGCCAAAUGUUGGAAUUUCAACAAAAACAUUUAGAGCUUUCCAAGAAUAUCCUUAGUGCGGAUAUAAACAAAGCCCAGGAAACGAUGCGCAAGAGGAUGGAACGUUUGAAGCUUAAGCUGGAGGAUAGUAAAAAACGGCGCAAACAGAAACACAGUGACGAGAAAAUACGAGUGGCUAAUGAUGACCUAAGAAAAGAUAUUGAUCCCGAUGACCAAAACGGUAUGAUAGCUGAUCCCGCCAAGAAGCAGGCUUCCGAUGCUGCCCAAACUCCCCCUAAUAGCGUGACAUUUGGUAGUAAUCCUAGCAUUCAUCGAAGUGAUACCACACGACCAAGAAAUGGGUUUGCUGGCGGGAGUCAUAAUAGAAACAACAGUUUCACAAACAUAGACUUAUUGAAAUCUCACAACUUCCGUGAUGUUCCCGGGGGAUUAAGCCGAAAUAACAGUUUCCAUGGAAGUAUGGGCGAUAUACCGAGUAGACCAGGUAGCCGCAACGGUAGCUUCCACAGAAGAAGUAACACGUUACCCCUCGGUCGCAGUGAUAGUUUCACUAGUAAACGUGGCCCGGGAUCCAUAUCUUCGAUUCGAAGCUCUAAAAGCUCCAGUUCCGGGAGCAGCGCCCAAUCAGUGUAUAAAGUCAAACACAAACGGACUGUACAUUACCAGAAAUUCGAAGUAAUCGAUGUAGACUUCCCUCUUACGGCUCCAGAGGCUAUAAGCUCAGUGAGAAGACAGAGAGGAGACUCGCUCCUCUCGAGUAGAAGUCGCCACCUCAACAAAGCAAUGGAUAACUUAGAAGCCACGCAGAAAUCACACAGGGAAGAGGAGAACGAAAUGCAUCAACACAUACAGGCUUUAGAACAAGAGACGGGGCUGACGUUGAAUAUCAAAAGAACAACGCUAUCUCCAAGGACGAAAGAUACGAGGCUAGAGACACCAUUACCUCCCAACGCACAUUCAAAGCAAAACAGUGCUACAGAAAAGCCACCCGGUAUUAAAAUGGACUCGUCUACUACUACACCUACUAUGUUUAUCAAGCUCCCUGAAAAUGUUCACACCAAAGAAAAAUUUGCCAAUGUCACCGAUGGCGACCUGCCAGAAUCAACAACCCCAGCACAACUGAAAGUUCACCUCGCUCUGCCAAACAUAACUUUACAGAAUAAAGAGGAUGCAGUCGGUGAGGAUACGCCAACUGAUGCCAACAUGGGGUCAAUCACUGCGGUAACAACAUUGCCGGGAAUUCUUAAAACAUCUGAAAUAAAUGACAAUAGGAUAACCUUAAAUGACCGGAUCGAUCAAAGUCCAACGGACAUGGAUGGAGAAAUUGAUGAAAUGAACGAAUCAGCUAGAAACGUGAGAAUAUACUCACUUCCGAAGAUAAACAUUUAUUGUGAAAUCGAGGAGAAUCCAUUUGACGUUGGUCAAAUUCCCGAACCAUCUAGACCCCGUGAUCUCAUUGAUGACGUACCCGAAGACAAAAUGUACGCCUGGCUAGGAUUCGAAUCACAGGAACAACUGGAUACUAUUCAAGAAGCCAAACGAGUAGCCACAGAGAGGGCAGCAGCUAAUAAGAAACAAAACAGGCCAGCUUUACCAAAGCUAGAAGAAUCACCCGAAACACCAAUCGAUAUUCGCCCACAUACAGCGGACCUUAUAUCAACUAAAAGAACAGUGGGAACUAAAGAAGAUGUGCGGGAUAGAUUCGAUAGUAUAAGCACAGACUCGGAGGAAGAAGACGAAGAACUUACAGACCAACGAUUUGAAGUCUUCGACAAAGAUAAAAUCAAACCAAAGAAACAGAAAUCGUCGGGUAAUGACAAAAUUAAAGCUCAAACUCUUAAAAUGGAAGCUAAUGCAAAGAAGGAGAACGCACAAUGCGCGGAAAAACUUGCGAUUGUUCCAACUGCUAUGCAUAUUAACUCUGCUAGGGAGAAGUUCAGGGUGGCAGUAAAGACAGUACUCGCAGUUAAAUAUUUCAAUAUGCUGCCCCCUGGAAGAGACAUUACAUCAUCUAAAUCGAGUGGUUCACGAGCCUGAAUGUGUUCAAGGGUUUACGUGCAAAUACUUCCUGAUUUGCCAUAAAAUGGAAGGAAAUAUAAGAUCUAAAUGGUUACAUAUACAAAUCUCAUUGUAUUGAGACUUAAAGUUCAUUGAAAAGUAAAAAAUGUAAAUAUCAGAUCUCAUCUGGAAAUAUCUUCUUUCGAUACCUAGCGAAUUUAGCCCUUGUAAACAUAUUUCAUUGUGAUUUGACGAGCUGGUAAGGAGAUGAGAUUUUCCCUGAAUCAUAUUGCAUUUCAUUUACGUACAACACACUUUUGAUAUUUCUACUUUACCGUUUAAAAAUUUUGAAAUGCAAGUUUGAAACAAUGAGGUUCUUUGAGAAAAAUGUCAAAAUCUAAAAUGUUUCGAAAAAAGUGGCACGAUCUCGAAACAAUCAAGACUAGAACAUGAUGUCAAGAAAAAUCGUCAAAACGAGAAUUACUAUUUUGAUUUUCAUACAAAGACAAAAUAAUGUUUAAGGCCUGUUGAACAUUCUUGAAAGUGCCACAUACCAAAGCAUAGUCUACCUACGAUCCUCUGUGACCCACCCCUCUACUUGUCUAAACACCUUCUCACACUUGUUGUGGCGAGGGUGUCACAACGGCUUGUAACUGGACUAGCCAAAGCACUGGAAAUCAAUUAUGAGUGUAGUUUUUUUUCACUAUUACUUUAUAAUACUUAUAACAGGAGCAUUACU